AUGUCUUUCAACCAGCUACCCAACGAUGAUUUGGAAAGGGGUGACUCAGCUUCAACUCACUACACGGAUUUUCCCGAGUUUGAUAGCCUCUCGCAGCUUAUAGAUAAUAGUCUAUACAACAUCAAUAAUCAUUACCUAGUUUCGAUUAGAAGCCUUAUACAGCAAUACGACCAAACCUUACAGUAUGCGGAUGCUGAUCAUCAACUCAAGGCGGCCAAGAUGGCUCAGAAAAUAUCGGAAUUGUCCUCGAAGUGUACAGCGGGCUUCAAGAAAAUCAGCGAGUCAACCAAGAAACUUAACGCUUACUUAACUCAGUGCGAGAAUAACCACGAAGAUGAGGAUACUAUCAAAUAUCUCCGGCAGAAGGAAUCUAUUUCGGUAAACAUCAUCCUGACUAGCUUGACACAGUUCAGAAAGCUCCAAUCGAAGUUCGAGGCAUUGCAGAAACAGUAUGUUGGGGAUAUCACCAACAAUCCUGCCCUUGAAACAGGCACCGAGACCCAGCCAGGGGCCCAAGCCCAGCAAUCGGUCCAGAUAGAGUAUGAGCCGAUCAAUGCAGAAGAACUCGAGCAGCAGACAUUGCUUAUUGAGGAGAGAGAGCGUGAAAUUCAGCAGAUAUCCCAGGAUACUCAAGAAAUCAAUGAGAUCUUCCUGAAUUUACAAGACAUCAUUCUGGAACAGCAGUUUCAAAUUGACAAUAUCGAGGAUAACAUCCUUAGCUACCAAACAGAUGUGCAAGGUGCGUCCAGAGAGUUAAGAAAAGCUGAGCGUUAUCAGAAGCGUGCUGGUGGCCGCAUGAUCUGCUGCUUGAUGAUCUUGAUUGGCGUUUUUGGGUCCGUAAUCCUUAUAGGAUUGAUAUUCUAG